AUGCCCGACGAGGACCCAGAGGUGACCGAGUGCUGUCCCGAGUCCUGCCAAACCCGCACCACGCAGCCACCGGUCAGCGUCAUAAAUCACGCCAUGAUCGGCUGUCUGCUGAGGCGCGCCACAGCUGCGAAGACUGCAGAACCCCCGUGUCAAUACUGGCUUCAGGGACGCAGCCAGCCACAACCACUGCACCCAUCCCAGUCAAUACAGCCAGUGAGCAGGCACCUGUCCUCCCACACGUCCCUGUCCACCGGGGCGGAUGUGCAGCGCGACCACGCACCAACAACAUGGCUGAUUAUUGGGUAA